AUUUAUAUUUUUAAGGUUGGUUAUUUAAAAAAAAUGAAUUUUUUAAAAAUUGCCUGCUACAUUUGUUGUUUUCUGCUGGCAAGCACCUGAGCGCAGACGCACUGAUGACUCUCUGUCCGUUACAUUCACAGACGAAAUGCAACCUCCGACACCCGCCAGGAAACGAGAUCUAUCGUAAAGGAACUAUAUCCUUUUUUGAGAUUGAUGGCAGGAAAAACAAGUCAUAUUCCCAAAACUUGUGUUUAUUGGCCAAAUGCUUCCUGGACCACAAGACCCUGUACUAUGACACGGAUCCUUUCCUCUUCUACGUUAUGACCGAGUAUGACUCGAAGGGUUUCCACAUAGUCGGCUACUUCUCCAAGGAAAAGGAAUCAACCGAAGACUAUAAUGUGGCCUGCAUUUUGACUUUGCCGCCUUACCAGAGAAGAGGCUACGGCAAACUACUGAUUGAGUUUAGUUAUGAGCUCUCGAAAGUGGAAGGGAAGACAGGCACUCCGGAGAAGCCUCUGUCUGAUCUGGGUCUGCUCUCCUACCGCUCUUACUGGACGCAGACCAUCCUGGAGAUCCUCAUGAACCUCGAGCCAGAGGAUGGAGAACGGCCACAGAUCACCAUCAAGUAGGUGCCGCCAUCUUUCUGAAACUCAGCCUCACUUCAG